AUGUAUCCGGCAGAUAUGCACCCAGAUGAGCGGGAUGCAUAUCGAUCUGCAGUUCGUGCCUCGAAAGCAUCAGAAUGGGAACGUGAACAAUAUGAGAAUAUUGUAGGAAGCAAACGCAAAACAGGGGAGUCUUCACAGUCUCCUGGAUUACCGUCGAUAAUGCGAAAAUCACAUAGUAUGCGACAUUCGCAACAAUCACCCCCUAUUGCCCCUUCACUUUACAAGUCUUCUGUAGCAAAACAAAAAAAUAUCAAAGAUAUAUUCAAGGGUGGUGCAAUUAAAGAAACGAUAAGACGCUUAAUUAGCAAAUUCUUCAUUUAUGAGAGCGUCGCACCCGCAAAAGCAAAGUCUCAUCACUUCAAGAAUAUGAUUAUUGGUGCACAACAAGCUGGAAUGGGAAUCGAACCUCCAUCUCCAUUUGACAUAAAGAACAAGUACUUGGAAAUGGAGUACAGAGAAAUGGAAGCUUAUGUGAACCAACAAAGAGAAAAAUGGAAGACAUAUGGGUGCACAAUAAUGUCAGAUGGAUGGACAGGGCCCACGAAAUUAAGUAUUAUUAAUUUCAUGGUUUAUUCUAAAGGGAGCACGGUCUUCCUUAAGUCAGUUGAUGCAUCGAACUAUAUCAAAGACCACAAGUAUAUAUACGACCUAUUGAAGACUGUUAUCAAAGAAGUCGGUAAAGAAAAUGUGGUCCAAAUUGUCACAGAUAAUGGGUCGGCGUUCAUGAAAGCAGGGAAACAAUUGAUGAAGAAGUAUAACUUAUACUGGACUCCGUGUGCGGCGCACUGCAUCGACUUAAUCUUUGAAGACAUUGGUAAAAGACCCAGUGUUAUCGAGGUGAUAAACAAUGCUCGCAAGAUAACUAACUUCAUUUACAAUUAUGGAUUCGGUGAUCGAGCGGCAAUUGCAGCAAGGUCAACCAUGGUGCCCGAGGUGGAACUGAUGAUGGAGGUGAUAAUGUGGGAGGAGAUAUUAAUGAACGUCAACAUAGUCAAUAUCCAGUCAGCCAAUUCACCUGUGAAAAUACUUUCACACACUGCACACAGGAUGAAGACCAUGGCUCUAGAAGAGCUGGUCCAGGCAUAG